CCAGAGGGCCCAGAACGCCUGGCCUACGUGACCUGGCUCUCCAGCACCGUCGUCGGCGAAAACAGCGAGAACCUCGAUGAAGACAACUAUUUCAUUGCAACCCGCCUCCUAGUAUGGCAGCUGCUGCACAACGAGAAGACACGCACCACUAACAACAUCGAUGUGGUGGUGGUUGUGACCCCCGACGUCUCCGAAUCACGCAUCUGGCGCCUGAAGAAAGACGGUGCUAUUGUCAAGCACAUCGAGUUUGUCCACGGCAACAACGACGGCUGGCUGCACCCCUCCGAAUCCCGCUGGAGCGACAUCAUGUCCAAGCUGCGCGUGUGGCAGCUGACCGAGUACUCGCGGAUUCUAAUGUUGGACAGCGACAUGGUCCUGCAGCGGCCGCUUGAUGGCAUCUUCGACGAGCCAGGUGCCCAGAUCAUGCCGACGCUCACGAAUGUUACCGCAAAGGACGACGAGCCGGAUCUGCCAGAGAACUACCUCCUCGCAUCCUUCGGCGAGACGUUCAACGAAGACCAUGGCUACCCCCCGGACUGGGACCACGGGCUAAAAAAGUAUGGCAAAUUCUGUGCGGGCUUCUUCAUCCUGAAGCCCUCGGAGACCAUCUUCAACUACUACAAAGCCCUCCUCGACAUCGAGGGCCGCUUCGACUCGAAGUACAUGGAGCAGAACUUGCUCAACUACGCCCACCGCUGGGACGGCGCCAUGCCAUGGCGAGAGAUCCCGACGACCUGGAACAUCCGAUCAAUCAACGACCACGAUUUCGACGAAGGUGUCGCUUCAAUGCAUGAAAAGUGGUGGGAUUUGAUAUUUAGUAAGAGUGAGAAGAUCAUGGGGUUUAUGAAGGCGCAGCGGUGGCAGAUGGAGGGAUACUACAAAGCAAUCGAC